AUGCCCUCAUACAAGAGUGCCACCUAUCACUGCGGCCGACGGAAGCCCUCCGCGCACGAUCCGAAUGCGCUCCCACCAGCAGUUGCCGUCCUGCUCGCGGUAACAGCGAUCCCGCCGCGACGACGGAAUCGGUAUCGUGGCAAGUCAGGCCCAGAACGUCGCAUUUCGAUAGAGGAGCUAGUGAGGGACUGGAAGACCGAUCAUUCGCUCAAGUCGAGCUAUGGCAGUAGUCCAGCGCUCAACGUACUGUUGGAGGACACCGAUGAGUACUUGUUUGAGGAUGCGCCGCGGAAAGACAGCGGCCUGUCCCAACCGUGCUACCUCAAUGCGAGGUCAGCAUCAAGCGAGUCGAUGCCGUCGCUGGAAUCCGACGAUCGCUCUAUCCUCUCCGUGGGUAGUCCCUCUACACCCGAAUCCUUACGGAGUCGGAGAUCUUACCAGAAUCUCAAGAGGGAUAAAGCGCGCUCGCUACCCGCGAGCGAGGACUGCGCUUUGGAUCAUCCGUUGGUUCCUCGCGCGGAAUCCGACGACGCCGAUGACUUCCUUCUGCCCGUGCAAAAGCAGACACCCGCGACGAAAAGCAGAUCAUCAUUCAAAUCCAAUCUUACCACUUCACUGCAGAACUUGAAGAAUGCCGCGGUAAAUUCGAUCUCCUCGCUCGGAAGGGUAAAUUCGGCACAGGCUAUGACGAGAUUCCCGUCUCCUCCCAUCGACGAUGCGCUCUGGUCGCACCCAUUUCUGUUUCCACGGCUCAGCUCCGAGAUGAGGCCCUCUGUGCUUGGAACGCCAUCGCUGGCCGAAAGAAGAUAUCUCAACCCGCAGCCCCUCGUGUUCGAAGAGCAAGAGGCGCCAUUCCAGCAGGCAUUGCACGCUCCAUUCCUGGCGGAAAUCGUGGAGGAUGCACCGAUCAUCCAAAUGCAGACUUACAACCGGGGCCGAAAGCGCGGUGGAUCCGCUCGGCGAGGAGGCCCGAAUCCCAAUUCUGAAGCCGGCCGAGCGCUUUUGGGAGGCGAUGGAGUUCGCCAGCGAGAAGUCCGCGAGAAUUCCAAUUUCCUGCGGGUGGUUGUGUUGGAGAUGAAUAUGCGACGAGCAGGCAAGUUGGAACAAGGUCGCGCUAAGAUCUGGCUUGCUCCAAGAGAAGUGAGUGUUGCUCCUGCGGCGCGAAGAGGCCGACGAGUACCGAAGCGGUGGGAGGGCGUGAGCGCCUGUUGA